GCCAACAGUUACCAAUCCGGUGUUGCUCUCUCCGAUUCAGGGUCUGGGUCCAUCUCAACCUCGCCCAGCUCCAACGCCUCGUCGGCGCUAGCUUACACCUACUCAUCUUUUUCUCCGACUGUGGCCACAACCUACUCGAACCAGUACCCUGUGGCAAACAACUACAGCAGUUUCCCUGGUGUCGGUUACGGUAACAUGUCGACUCGACGGAUGUCCUCCAUAACUGAUGCUUCAUCGUCGGCAAUGUUACCACCGACACGAUCACCAGGGUUGAGCAACCCUGUAUCACCGCCCAUGGGUGUGUCGGCUCGGGACAACUAUACAACAACGUCGUCUGGCCUGCACAGACACCCUCAUACCCUUUCGCCUCGUCACUCUGAUCUCUCUCGCUACAACUCUCUACCCGAUACGCCCAGGAGUGUGCUAUCAACCACCAUGCCUUUGGCAUACAGUAACUAUUCGAGCUCCCUUUAUCCAAGCCCUGGCCAAACGUCAGACUCCCCACCUUUUCAUGCCCAAGAGACGUACGGAACCAUUACAUGCGAAGGUACCACAGUUGUUCCAACGCUCGACGCGAAGAUUGAGAAAGGGUUCUUCUACUCCGGGGAUCGGGUCUGGACAUGCUACCGCAGGAACUACUUCGCUGUCAAUGUCUCCUACGCUCUCAGCCCAUGGAUCUCGAACUCCCGCCUGUACCUUGAUCAAGGGAACGGCAAACAACCAGAGCAAAUACAAUCGAUGGCCGUUUCGCUCGCCGCAGCUGUUGACGGUACGGCUGGAAAAACCAUCGAGCUUAUUCAGCACACUCCAAAGCGCGACAAGGGCCCGCAGCUGUCCAUGAAGAAGGAGCUACUUGCACCGACGCCGCCUGGAAAAAGCCUUGAGCACGGUGGAUAUGGGCUCAACAGUUUCCACCAGUCGUCAAGCGUCCCAGGCCCACAGUUGCCCCUGCAGAACGAGAGCGAUUCAUCACAGCAAUAUUCGCCCACCAGUCAUGGCAGCAGCAGUUACCAGCAUGCUUUCGAACGCAUUCAAUUCAAGUCAGCAACCGCGAACAACGGCAAGCGUAGAGCCCAGCAGCAGUACUAUCAUCUAAUUGUCGAACUCUGGGCCAACAUUCAGAAUCCACGAGAUAAUGAACCGAAGUGGGUGAAGGUCGCCGCCCGCUCGUCCCACCCUGUGGUCGUUCGUGGAAGAUCGCCAAGUCACUACCAACACGAGGGCCCCCACAACGCCGGUACAAGCCGAGGUGCUGGCGGGUCAGGUCUCGGCGGGCCUGGACAUCAUGGCUUGGGAUCAAACGGUGCACGAGCUUUCGGUUCAUACAGCAACGGUCUAUCGAACGGUAGUGCAACAAUGGGUGGUAAUAUGUACCGUGGAACCACCUACUCAUUAGAUCCGAGUCCGAUCGGCAGCCAUUCCGUAAGCUCUGCCAGCUCUCUAAGCGGUGGUCCACACGAGGGCCUCGUUGGCGAUCAACACAUGGUCGACUCGGAUGACACCAAGAUGAACGACGCCCCCCAAGAUUACUCCUACUAUCCUGCACCCCUGUACGAGAGCAUCCCAUCCAAGAUCGAAUGUUCGCUGCCACUGCUACCGCGUAUCGUCAAAGAGGAGUAUCCAGGUCCUGCAGCACUGGCUGCCGGUUGGCAGAACGGCGGCUGUGGGCGGUUCCAGGGCAUGGAGACUAGCCGCGGGUACUACCCAGAUGUGCAUGCUCACGCUGGAUACUGAGCUACUGCACGCUCAAGUCCACCCUCAGUCUCCUUCGCUGGCUGCG